CACACACACACACACCUGUAUGGAAAUGUCAAUGCAAAUAUUAUGAUAAUGAACUUCUCUAAACUCUGAAUCCUGCUUCUGUCCCUCUGACCGGACUGGCUUUGUUUGUAGUCAUGGGUGUGUGUGUGUGUGUGUGUGUGUGUGUGUGUGUGUGUGUGUGUGUGUGUGUCCAACAAACCAGUCAGAUGAGGAAGGGAAACACAGCAGCUGUGUUUUGUGUCGAUGGGAAAUAACUUUAAACUUUAAGACUUUUCAGGAGUAAAAACACAAAUGAUGUAGGAAAAGAGAUCAGACUCACCAGAACCCAGCUGUAUGUCCAUGAAGAGUGACCGGUCAAAAGAUUACCCAGCUAACUUCAGAGACAGAGACAGAUCACCUGGUCUGAGAAUGAUGGAGGGAAAGAGAUCAGACUCACCAGAACCCAGCUGUGUCUCCAUGAAGAGCGACCGGUCAAUGCAUCUCAUAACUAACUUCAGAGACAGAGACAGAUCUCCUGGUCUGAGAAUGAUGGAGGGAAAGAGAUCAGACUCACCAGAACCCAGCUGUGUGUCCAUGAAGAGUGACCAGUCAAUGGAUGAUCCAAUUCACUUCAGAGACAGAGCCAGUUCUCCUGAUCCGAGACCACAACAGAAGAAAUCAAACCUCAGCAGAAAUCAGUUGGACUCCAUAUUCAAGGAGCUGGAACACAAAGUCAUCACUCUGAUGAAGAAAGAGCUGAAGAGGUUUAGGAAGCUCCUGAGUCCAGAUUACCCAGCAUGCACUGAGAGGGAGGUGGAGGAUGAGGAGGAUCUGCACAGUGUCAGAGACGGAGCGCUGAAGAUCACACUGCACGUCCUGAAGAACAUGAACCACACAGAUCUCGCUAACACACUGCACAACAAGUCUGAGGCCUCUGUGUAUCAGACAAAUCUGAAAUCCAACCUGAGAGAGAAGUUUAAAAGAAUUAAUGAAGGAAUCUCACAGCCUGGAAGUUCAGCACUUCUGAAUGAGAUCUACACAGAGCUCUACAUCACAGAGGGUUGGAGUGGAGACGUCAAUAAUGAACAUGAGGUGAGACAGAUUGAGACAGCGUCCAGGAGACCAGCAGCACAGGAGACACCCAUCAAAUGUAAUGAUCUCUUUAAAGACGAGUCCAUCAGAAGAGUUCUGACUGAAGGAGUUGCUGGAAUUGGAAAAACAGUCUCUGUGCAGAAGUUCAUUCUGGACUGGACUGAAGGAAAAGCAAAUCAGGACGUCACCUUCAUGUUUCCACUUCCCUUUAGAGAGCUGAAUCUGAUGAAGCAGGAACAUCUCAGUCUGAUGGAUCUUCUUCAUCACUUUUUCCCUGAAAUGAGAAAACUACAAUUAAUAGACUCCUACAAAGUGGUGUUGAUCUUUGAUGGUCUGGAUGAGUGUCGACUUCCUCUAAAUUUCCAGAAGAAUGAGAGACUGUGUGAUGUGACAGAGUCAGCCUCAGUGGAUGUGCUGCUGACGAACCUCAUCAAGGGGAACCUGCUUCCCUCUGCUCUCCUCUGGAUAACCUCUCGACCAGGAGCAGCCAAUCAGAUCCCUCCUGAGUGUGUAGACCAGGUAACAGAGGUACGAGGGUUCAGUGAUCCUCAGAAAGAGGAGUACUUCAGGAAGAGGAUCAGUGAUCAGAGCCUGGCCAAUAAAAUCAUCUCACACAUGAAGUCUUCAAGAAGCCUCCUUAUCAUGUGCCACAUCCCAGUCUUCUGCUGGAUCUCAGCCACUGUUCUAGAGAGAAUGUUGGGUGAAGCAGAGAGUGGAGAGAUCCCCAAGACUCUGACUCAAAUGUUCACACACUUCCUGAUCUUUCAGAUCAAACAAAAGGACCAAAAGUACCAUCAGAAAUGUGACCCUGAUCCUCAGCAGACCAGAGAGAGUAUCCUGGCACUGGGAAAACUGGCUUUCCAACAGCUGGAGAAAGGAAACCUGAUCUUCUAUGAGGAAGACCUGAGAGAGUGUGGCAUUGAUGUGAGAGAAGCGUCAGUGUACUCAGGAGUGUGUACCCAAAUCUUCAGAGAGGAGUUUGGGCUUCACCUGGGGAAGGUGUUCAGCUUUGUACAUCUGAGUGUUCAGGAGUUUCUGGCUGCUUUAUACAUGUUUCUCUCCUUCAUCAGCAGAAAUGUAACAGAACAACAAACCACUGAUCUGUCUGAUCUUCUCACAAAGUCAGACAUGUCUGAUCUCCUCAGGAGCGCAGUGGACAAGGCCUUACAGAGUGAGAACGGACACCUGGACCUGUUCCUCCGCUUCCUUCUGGGUCUCUCACUGGAGUCCUAUCAGACUGUCUUACGAGGCUUAAUGCCACAGACAGGAAGCAGCUCUCACAGCAAACAGGAAACAGUCGAGUACAUCAAGGAGAAGAUCAAGGAGAAUCCAUCUCCAGAGAAAUCCAUCAAUCUAUUCCACUGUCUGAAUGAACUGAAUGAUCAUUCUCUAGUGCAGGAAGUACAGACUUACCUGAACAGAGGAGAUUACAGGUGUCUCUGGGGAACCAGACUCUCUCCUGCUCAGUGGUCAGCUCUGGUGUUUGUGUUACUGAACUCAGAUCAGGAUCUGGAUGAGUUUAAUUUGAGUAAAUAUUACCCAUCAGAGGAAUGUCUUCUGAAGCUGCUGCCAGUGGUCAAAGUCUCCAGAAAAGCUGAUCUGUGUGGGAAGGAUCUGACAGAGGAAAGCUGUAGAGGUCUAUCUACAGUUCUCAGCUCAAACUCCUCCAGACUGAGAGAACUGAACCUGAGUCACAAUUAUUACCUGCAGGAUUCAGGAGUGAAGCUGCUCUCUGCUGGACUGGAGAAUCCACACUGUACACUGGAGAAACUGAGCCUGCGUUGGUGUAUACUCACAGAGGAAAGCUGUAGAGCUCUGUCCUCAGUUCUCACCUCAAACUCCUCCAGACUGAGAGAACUGAACCUGAGUAAGAAUUAUAAAUUGCAGGAUUCAGGAGUGAAGCUGCUCUCUGCUGGACUGGAGAACCCACACUGUACACUGGAGAUACUGAAGUUGUCUUACUGCGGUAUUACAGAUGAAGGUUGUGUUGCUCUGGCUUCAGCUCUGAGGUCAAACACCUCAUCACACCUGAGAGAACUGAAUCUGAACGGUAAUAAUCCAGGAGAAUCAGGAGUGAAGCUGUUCUCUGAUCUACUGAAGGAUCCACACUGUACACUGGAGAAACUACAUCUGCGUGAGUGUAAUCUGACAGCGGAAAGCUGUAGAGCUCUGUCCUCAGUUCUCACCUCAAACUCCUCAAGACUGAGAGAACUGAACCUGAGUGAGAAUAACCUGCAGGAUUCAGGAGUGAAGCUGCUCUCUGCUGGACUGGAGAAUCCACACUGUACACUGGAGAUACUGAGGUUGUCUUACUGCGGUAUUACAGAUGAAGGUUGUGUUGCUGUGGCUUCAGCUCUGAGGUCAAACACCUCAUCACACCUGAGAGAACUGAAUCUGUACUACAAUAAUCCAGGAGAAUCAGGAGUGAAGCUGCUCUCUGAUCUACUGAAGGAUCCACACUGUAAACUGGAGAAACUACACAUUAAUAGCAGAAUCAUUCACAUUCAGAUGCAGAAGUUCCACAGCAAUAACCGUAACUGAUCACAUCCUUUAUCCACUCAGCUCCACCUCACUUCAGGCUGGAAUAAUAAUAAUAAUAAUAAUAAAUCUCCGGUUCUCAGGUCACAACAUGCCAUGUAUAUGAGUAGAAGUAAUCUCACAUUAUAACACAGAAAAGAAAAUGCAUUGUAAAUAAUAAUCAUGUAGACACUCUGAAUACUGAAGAUCUUUACAUCAUUUUAAAAACAGAAUCGAAAACCUUCUUGUACAUUUACUGUAAAGUCGUUCCAUACAAUUUCAUACACAUGUUGAUAUUUAUCUUCUCUGUAUCUUGUUCUUACACGGACUUGAAACUCGGUACUCUCUGUAUUUACUGUGUUUCAGAAAUUUCUAACUGAAAUAAAAUAAAGGAACUAUUGUAAAAAUACA